AUGCACACAUUCCCAGGAGAGGCAACAACAUACCUUAGCGUGGAUUCACUUUGUAAAGAAGCUGAUAACAGUCAGGUUCAUCUUUAUCCAAUUGAAUUUCUAAAUUCUGUGAAUGUAGGAAACCUGCCUGCUCACAAGCUCUCUCUCAAAGUUGGUACUCCUAUCAU